AAUUUAAUAAAUUCAAUGUUUAUUAAUUUAUGUUAAAUUCCGUUUAAUUUAUUUACCUUUCCCCUUCCUCAAUUAAUCGCACGAGGUCCUGUCCCUUGUAAUAGGGAUUCAUUUUCCUUACAUAAAAAGAACCAACGAGCAGACUUUCAUUCGGAAGAAGUGUAAGAGUGGCCUUUAGCCGCUGACCUUCUUUCCGAUAACUCGGUCGGCUCGACUCUCGCUUAAACGUGAGAGAUACGUGGUUUGGACGUAACAAUAUUACCGCACAUUUUGUUUUUCUUGUAUAACAUUGUUCUACUAUUCAAAGUAAUAAGUCAGCAAAAUAAUUAUCAAGCGACGCGGCAGCGUCGUUAAACAAACUUUUGAUUAAAAUAUUUCAGGAACUAAAGCUGUAAUAAAAAAUCUAACGGCACUUUUAUAAUAUAACAUGGAUGUAAACUUUCGAUUGCAAUCAGUUUGAAAAAGAUUGGAGCAGUCAAUCCUGAGAUAUUGUAAUAGUAUGUUAGAAUUGUGACGUUUCCUUCUUCUUUUCCAUGCAAUUUAGGUUCAGGUGCACGUACGUAUGCUCGCACAUACACAUUCAAAGUGAUUUUGUCUCUCGAGGUGCGUUCACACAUGCACGAUUUAAUUUAUUAGCGAGCGAACGAGAGACAGAGAGAUAAUAAUCUAACCGUUAUAAUUUGGCACGAGCUGUUUAUUUGUCUUUACUAAUCUGUUUACAUUCUACAGACAUACUUUGGUCUGCGACUGAUAGAACUAUAUUAUAUGUGUGACCUUAAGCAUGUUUAUACAUUAUUCCCACUUCUUGUAUCAUUUCAGAUACUCGUAUUCCUUCGCCGUGGUAAGAUACCACGAUGGUAGCGUAGUGAUAUAUUUCCAACGUAAAGGGCUGUUUUAGCGGUAAUAAGAACUAAUUAUACUGAUUUCUUCAUAUUUACAUUAAAAUCGCUACGCUUCAAAAUGCAAAUAUUUGAAAUAAAACUUGGCACCUCAUUCCUUCAACUAUUUCUAAGUGGUAUAAUGCUCACUACUAUGAUACCAUGUAUACAAGCGGAACAGCGAACCGAAAAUAAAGCAUAUGAAGAAUUUAGUUAUUGUUUAUCAAAAGAUGUUAUGCCACGACACUAUAAUAUCAGCAUAGUAAUUUCUAAAACGUUAGAUGAGUUUCGUGGCGAAUGCGAAAUUGAUAUUGAAGUGUUCAAAUCAACAGUAAAUAUAAGGUUACACAGUCCCGAUAUGAUUGAAAAAGGCUCGAUAAAGUUGGUUAUGAAGAAUGGUGAGAUAUAUAAACCCAUGGAAAAAAUCUACUCCAAGAAAGAGAAUGUUCUAGAUCUCUAUUUCGAGUACUCACUAUUUCCUGAAAAUUAUACCCUUUUCAUAACUUAUGAUAAAACUAUUCCUUAUGACAAAGAGGAGGAAGAUUAUUUAAAAAUUUUAUUCAAACCUCAAUCAAAUCUACAGAAUAGAUUGUUGGCAACAAAUAUUCAAUCUAUUGAAGCUCGAAAAUGGUUUCCGUGUUGGGACGAGCCGGAAUUUAAAGCAACAUUUGUCAUUAGAUUCAAUCAUGAGACGAAAUAUAAGAUAUGGCCGACCUUGCCAGCUGAAAGAUAUGUAGAAGAUAAUCAUAAACAAGACUGGAUGUGGACCCAUUUUGUCAUUGAAAACUCAAUAUCUACAUAUCAAGUGAUGUUUACACUAACUGAUUUAGAUCUUAGAUUUCGCAAGGAAUAUUCAUAUCAUCCUACAAUUGAACUUUUAAAAAAAAUGUCUUUUCUCCGAUAUGGAGUAGAUCUAGGGCGACAAGACUGUCUUCGUCUCGACACAAAUAUUAUGAACCCUCUUUCAUAUGAAGUCCAAACACCAUCACAAAUUAAAUCACUUUUCUCUUAUCCAAUUUAUAACAAAGCACCUGUCAUAUUGCGCAUGAUACAACAUAUUAUGGGCAACGAGUUUCAAGAUAUUAUCAAGAAUUACAUGAACACCUUUCUUAAGUCUCCUACGCCGGGUGAUUUAUGGAAUAUGAUGCAAGUUAACAUGGAUAAUCCAGAACUAGGUAACCCUACCAUGAAAAAUAUAAUAGGGCCCUGGAUAACGCGAAAGAAUUAUUUUAUUGUACGUGUUCAUCGAAAUGAAAAUCUGCUAUUAAUAUCUCAUCUUCAAGAGGAAUAUUACAUCGAUGGAUAUUGGCAAGUACUACUUCAGUGGAUACCUAUCACUUUCACUACAUGGGAACAGUUAGACUUCAAUAAUACGACCCCUCAUCUUUGGUUACCUCCAAGGAAUAGCACAGAGUAUAACAUAUCUGUGCCACUUACUCAUAAGGAUGGAUGGAUCAUACUAAAUUUACAACAAACUGGGUACUAUCGUGUAAAAUACGAUGAGAAGAGCUUAAAGUUCAUUGCAGACUAUUUAAAAUUUAGGAAAUAUGAGAAUAUUCAUGUUCUUAACCGCGCUAAACUCAUCGAUGACACAUAUUAUUUCUUCAAAAAAGGAGAAGUUACAUAUUACAGGUUUAAGUAUCUCAUGUCCUAUUUGUGGCGCGAGACGGAUUACGUAGCAUGGUAUCCUAUGUUCCAAAUUUUUAGAGACUUAUCGCAUUUCUUACUAUUUGAAGAGAGCGAACCUUUACAGGAAGAUAUGGGCUCUAUCUUGAAAACGUUGCUCUACACAUUAUCAUACAACGAAAAGUCCGAUGAGGACGAUCUUACUAAGUGGUUGCGCCAAGAGGCUGUAAGAUGGGCAUGUAUUUUUGGUGAUAAAGAGUGUCAACAAAUUGCUAAUGAUAAGUUGAGGGAACACCUGGAAGAUCCCAUAAAGCACAAACUUUUGCCAGAAUGGAGAGAAUGGACGUAUUGCAAAGGUGCGAUGAUGGCGAAUGAGAGUCUUUUGCUGAAAUUGGUGGAAUUGUCAUACACAAAUGAAUCUAAAAUCUAUAAUUAUAUUUCGUGUGUUGGAAAAUUCGAUCUUGCUAGAUACGUGUUGUUUAAUUCAUCUCCUAGCAAGAAAGACAGCAGUUCCAAACCUUUUCCUUAUUUCAUGUUUGAUGUUUAUGCAGCAAGUUAUAUAAGCAGCCGUGCGAAGCGAUAUUUUACGACACACAAUGUUUCAGAUUCCGAUAAAGCCAAACUCUUAUGUAUUAUUAUAAAUCGUUCAUUUUCUGAAGAUGAAAUUAAUGAGAAAGUUUCUCUUCACAAAGUUUUUUUUGGUAAUACUGAAGGAGAAUGAGAGAGUUCGGCCGAAAGCGAAGCCCUUCCACCUGCAUUACCCACCCCACGCAAAGACUAUCGAGUCAUCUCGUCGAAAACAUAGACCUCGUUGAUCC